AUUCCAUUUCAUCAUCUUCAUCAAGAAAGAAGAUCGCCGGAAUGAUUCAGAUGCUCGCCGGAAUGAUUCAGAUUCUCGCCGGAAAUCAUUAGUUUCGAUUUCCGAUGGACUUUCCUCUCGUUUCCCGUGCGCUGGCAUUGCAGAAGACAUUUUCAUUGUUUACUACGCCGGCGGUGACUCGGAUUGGACUCAAGUCGGAUUGUAAAGGAGUUAGGUCAAGAACGUUAGUGAAAGCAUCAGCUGAACGGAGUGGAGAAAGAAUCGAUGGCGGUAAGCUAGAUAGCGGCGUCCCCGGCGGAGGAGGCGGAGGAGGAGCGUUCACGAGCUCGGCAAUGGAGGUUACAACAUUCAAUCGGAACUUUAACGAAGCUGACUUCUCUGUUUUCGAGAAAAUUGGAGCUGUUGUAAGACUUAGCUAUGGAAUCGGUAUAUAUGGUGCGAUGGCUUUAGCAGGAAGAUUUAUAUGUUCAAUGACUGGAAUUGACUGUUUAGGUGGAUUUGAUCCGUCUCUAGAUGCUAUUGUACAGGGACUUGGAUAUGCUUCUCCACCAAUAAUGGCUUUAUUGUUCAUAUUAGAUGAUGAAGUUGUCAAGGUUUCGCCUCAUGCUCGUGCGAUUAGGGAUGUUGAGGAUGAAGAACUGAGAAGCUUCUUCUAUGGAAUGUCACCAUGGCAGUUCAUACUCAUUGUUGCUGCAAGCUCUGUGGGGGAAGAACUCUUUUAUCGCGCUGCUGUUCAGGGAGCAUUGGCUGAUAUAUUUCUAAGAAGCAGCAAUCUACUGAUGGAUGUUCGUGGCAUGGCAUCUUUGACUGGUGUAUUGCCACCAUUCGUCCCGUUUGCUCAGGCAUUUGCAGCGGUUAUAACAGCAGCUCUAACUGGUUCUUUGUAUUACAUGGCUACCUCUCCAAAAGAUCCAACUUAUGUCGUCGCCCCGGUUCUUGAAUCUCGCUCGAGUCGUGCAGAUUUGAAGAAACUCUUUGCAGCCUGGUACGAGAGAAGGCAAAUGAAGAAAAUAUAUUCUCCUCUACUAGAAGGUUUAUUAUCAUUGUACCUCGGUUUUGAAUGGAUUCAGACAAAUAAUAUUAUGGCUCCUAUCAUUACACACGGAAUUUACUCAACUGUAAUAUUGGGACAUGGCCUGGUGAAGAUUCAUGAGCAUAGGCGAAAGCUAAGGCAGAGAAUUAAACAGGUUAAUCAAGAAAACAGAAGAGAAGAUCAAUUUUGAGAAUUAUUUAGAAAUGUCAAUAAUAAUAACAGCUUAAAAUAAUUACACAGGAAAGUUGUAUAUAUUGUAUAAGAAGGCAAGAUUUCAUUUGAAAAGUGUUUUUUUUCAUAAUUAUAUUGAAAAUUUAUCAAAUAAAAGGUUGAAGUGAUUUUUGA